GCCGCCUCCUCUCUCCGGCUGCAGGCGGCGCGCGGCGGGACUGUGCGCGGCUCCUCGACGCUGCGACCCCGGGCGCCCGCCGCGCCACCACGAUGAGGGCUCGGCCGCGGGUCUGCGAGGCGCUGCUCUUCGCCCUGGCUCUCCACACCGGGGUGUGCUAUGGCAUCAAGUGGCUGGCAUUGUCCAAGACACCGGCGGCCCUGGCACUGAACCAGACACAACACUGCAAGCAGCUGGAGGGCCUGGUGUCCGCGCAGGUGCAGCUGUGCCGCAGCAACCUGGAGCUCAUGCACACCGUGGUGCACGCCGCCCGUGAGGUCAUGAAGGCCUGCCGCAGGGCCUUUGCUGACAUGCGCUGGAACUGCUCCUCCAUCGAGCUCGCCCCCAACUACCUGCUUGACCUGGAGAGAGGGACCCGGGAGUCGGCCUUCGUGUAUGCGCUGUCGGCCGCCGCCAUCAGCCACGCCAUCGCCCGGGCCUGCACCUCCGGUGACCUGCCCGGCUGCUCCUGCGGCCCUGUCCCAGGUGAGCCACCCGGGCCCGGGAACCGCUGGGGAGGAUGUGCGGACAACCUCAGCUACGGGCUCCUCAUGGGGGCCAAGUUUUCCGAUGCUCCUAUGAAGGUGAAAAAAACAGGAUCCCAAGCCAAUAAACUGAUGCGUCUACACAACAGUGAAGUGGGGAGACAGGCUCUGCGUGCCUCUCUGGAAAUGAAGUGUAAGUGCCACGGGGUGUCUGGCUCCUGCUCCAUCCGCACCUGCUGGAAGGGGCUGCAGGAGCUUCGCGAUGUGGCCGCUGACCUCAAGACCCGCUACCUGUCGGCCACCAAGGUAGUGCACCGGCCCAUGGGCACCCGCAAGCACCUGGUGCCCAAGGAUCUGGAUAUCCGGCCUGUGAAGGAUUCAGAACUCGUCUAUCUGCAGAGCUCACCCGACUUCUGCAUGAAGAAUGAGAAAGUGGGCUCCCACGGCACGCAGGACAGGCAGUGCAACAAGACAUCCCACGGCAGUGACAGCUGCGACCUCAUGUGCUGCGGACGCGGCUACAACCCCUACACGGACCGUGUGGUCGAGCGGUGCCACUGCAAGUACCACUGGUGCUGCUAUGUCACCUGCCGCAGGUGCGAGCGGACGGUUGAGCGCUACGUGUGCAAGUGAGGCCCGCGCUGCCCCUGCGGGGCUCAGCCCCCCUGGGGCCCCCGAGGCCAGCCGGCGUGUCCUGGUCAAGGUGGAGCACAGUGGAUUUUUGCUUGUGAGUUCCAGAUGCCAGGCAUUGAGGCGGCUUGGCCUUUGCCUCCACUCAGAAGCCACCAGAACAGAAGGCCUGGCCACCCUGCACGGAGGGCCUGGACAUCAAAGGAAACGGACAGGAUUAAAAAUAACCUGGCAGCCCGAGGCCCUUGAGUGCCCACUUGCUGCCUUGCAGGCUGGUCUAAGAAGCCAAGGGCUUGGCAGGACUGCUAUGAGCCUGACCUUUCAGGGCCAGGGACACCAACCUCCCAGGAAGGGAGUCUGCCUGCCCUCAUCAGAAUGUUCUGUAGGCCCAGCCUGUGCGACCCCUUGGCCCCCCGGGGUCUGAGCCCUCUGGGCCUUGACAUGGAACCACUAGCUUGGGUUGUAAAUGUUUUUUUUUUGUUUCAUUUUUUCCUUCCUCUGGGAUGUGGGAGCUACAGAAAUAUUUAUAAAACAUAGCUUUUUCUUUGGGGUGG